UUAUUUUAAGGAUGGUUCGUCUCUGUUGUUUCUCUUCGCAAGCUCACUCCACUCUCUCUCUUUCUAGCUCUCUCCUCUACCGCCCUUGAAUGUUCGUCCACUCAGAAACCCUACUCUGUUCUCCGGACCACCAUUGAAGGUCUUGGAGCUUGGAUAGCAGAGUAAGGUUCCAAUGAACUUAAUUUCAGUUUAAAAACAGUUUUGCUCUUUGACAAGUUCUGUAAAUAUGAAGAAAGAAAACAUGGCUUUUGCUGCUUCUCAUGAGCCUACUGGUCGUAUAACACGAUCUCGAGCUGCAGCAAUUCAUGCAUCCAGUGGGAUGCUUCCUUCGAAUCUGUCUAUUAAACAGGAUCAGAAGCGGAUUCUACGGUCAAAUUCAAAAAGGGGAGCCUUGGAUGAGAACAACUCUAUUGCUCCAGUCACUGCAUGUCUUCAGCAUAAAAGGAGGGCAGUGCUUAAGGAUGUAACUAAUAUCUGUUGUGAAAAUUCAUAUAGGAACUGCAUCAAUGCAUCUAAACUUAAGUCUUCUGGUCUACACAAUAAGAAUUCCAGGCAGGGCAAAAGAGGUCCUGCAAAGAAGGAUUUGAAGGUGGGCUGUGCUGGUGCUGCAAAAAAUUCUGAGGUACAAGAAGAUGUUAAUAAAAGGACGGCUGAAAUGAUAGAGAAAACAGUGACUCUUGAACCACAAAAAGUAACAGCUACAGAAGAUUUGGAAGAAAAAGUGCCAAUGCAACCUAAGAUGGAGAAUGACACAACAGAAAGAGGUGUAGACAAUUAUAAGCUUGGAGACCAGGUCUUUGGAAAACCUUCUCAUCUCCUAAGUCCUUCAAACAAAGAUGUGGAUAAGCUUUGUGUGGGCUUAGGAACUUUGAGCGGUCAAGACAUUACAAAUAUUGAUUGUGACUUCAAAGAUCCUCAAAUGUGCAGCCUCUAUGCCCCUGACAUCUAUAGUAAUUUACGUGUUGCGGAGCUCAUCCGAAGACCUUGUUCUGAUUUUAUGGAAACACUACAGCGAGAUAUCACCCAAAGUAUGCGAGGAAUUUUGGUUGAUUGGCUUGUGGAGGUUUCUGAGGAAUAUAAACUGGUUCCAGAUACACUUUAUCUUACUGUGUAUCUCAUUGAUCGGUUUCUUUCUCAAAACUUCAUUGAAAGACAAAGACUGCAACUGCUUGGCAUCACCUGCAUGCUAAUAGCCUCGAAGUAUGAAGAAAUAUGUGCUCCUCGUGUUGAAGAAUUCUGCUUCAUCACAGACAAUACCUACACAAGAGGAGAGGUCCUGAAAAUGGAGAGUCAAGUCUUGAACUACUUGGGCUUUCAAUUAUCAACACCUACCAUAAAAACAUUUUUGAGGAGAUUCCUUCGAGCAGCACAAGCUUCUUACAAGGUCCCUAGCCUUGAAUUGGAGUUCUUAGCCAAUUAUCUAGCAGAGCUAACUCUGGUUGAGUAUGCAUUCUUGAAGUUCCUUCCUUCCCUCAUUGCAGCAUCUGCUGUAUUCCUUGCCAGAUGGACAUUGGGUCAGAAAUGUCACCCAUGGAACGCAACUCUAGAGUACUAUACCACCUACAAGGCAUCAGAUAUGAAAAUUACAGUUCUAGCACUUCAAGAUUUGCAAGUCAAUACCAAAGGUUGCCCCCUGCAUGCUAUACGUGAAAAGUACAGGCAACAAAAGUUUAAAUGUGUGGCGUCUAUGUCUUCUCCAAAAAUACUUGAAAGUCUCUUCUAAAGAUUAAAGAUAGCAGAGCUGAUUCCUCACUUCUCCAGACUGUUAACCUAUGGUGAUCAGACAGAAGUCCCUUCUGGAUGUUGGCAUUUCUCCAUUGAGGAUCUGUACCUACCUGGUAUCUAAUGUUUAAUUUCUUUUUCCUGUUUAUCACAUCAUUGUUGUAGCUUGUCAUUGUAACCUGGAAUUUUGGGGAGCAAGGGAUGUUCAAGGCUGUAAGUUUGAAAUUCGAAUGCCCAAGGGCUAAUUUAUUUCAAACUUUUCUAGCCCAUGUAAAGUGACUUGACAGUGGCUGAAAUUAAUUUGUUGGUUGUAACAGCCAAUGUAACUAAUUGGCGUUUAAUAUUGUAUCCCAAAGUCAUUUAAAUCUAAAAAAUAACCUUUCUUUGUA